UUCACUCGCAUGACAUAAGUAAGUACCUCUAAGAUUGGAAUGCCUCAUAACUCUGAGUUGCAUUUCACAUUUGAUAUUUCUGUGUGGUUCACCUAUAUAUAAAACUUUUUGUCAAGAUAUUACAAAAAUUGAUGUAAUUAAAUUUGUUUCUCGUUUUUGAUUGAGUAUUGUUGCUAUCAUUUAAUAAUUUGGACUUUCUCUACAUGUUCAAUAAGAAAUAUUGCCUCUGUACAAACUUAGCCGACUAUGUCAUCCACUUUGACGAAAGACUUUCGUUUCAAGGAAAGGAUGCGAAAAGAUAGUGAUCCCCGCGAAUAAUAUCGGCAUCUAUUUGAGCUGCACAAUAAAAUAUAUCGCCUUUGUAUCUUAUCUGACCUCGAGAGCGCCCUGUUUGCUUGAGGAAGGGAAAGGAAUAUAGCCCCCAGCCCUUCGAGUGAUAAAGCAUACGCAGUGCUUUGGUCGUAUAGACAGAGAGAUAAUGUCUCCGAGCUUCGAAGAAAAACCGAGAUCCUCUCAUGGGUGCCUGGGUGUUGGAUUCAUAAAACAAAGAUACAACAGUUACGAAGAUGAGCCAGUCUGCAUGAUACCAAAUUCGGUUUCUCAGGUAGCAGGUGACAGUGGAACCCGUUCAACAGGGUACUUCUGCGAACACGUUCCAGUGCCCCAACAGUUUUUGGCUCGAAUCUGUGGUGCAAAGCAUGUGCGGCGCAACCAGAUUGAGAGGGAAACAAACACCAAGAUAGAUGUACCUGGGAAGGACACAGAUGGUGAUGUUGUUGUAUCUGGACCUGACAAGAACGGUGUGGACUCUGCAUGUCUACGGUUACGUACCAUUGUGUCUCAACUGCGACAAAAGGAAGAGUUCACCCACUUUGUGGCACUGCCCUUGAACUUGCCUGUCCUCGACUAUGCAUUAAGAGAGUUUGAAGAGAUUGUUCUCAAGACCUGCUCAAUGCGUGACAUUGACAGAUCCUUAUUUCAAACUCCGGGGAAGUUGCAUAUGACAAUUGGAAUGUUAGUGCUUCUGGGCAAGAAAGAGGUCAAGCAAGCAGAGAACAUACUGCACAGCUGCAGUGACCUUGUCACCAAAGUCCUGGAGGAUGAACCCUUGCGAGUACGUGUGCAGGGACUGGAAUACAUGAACGAUGAUCCUAGUCAAGUGGACGUGUUGUAUGCUAAGGCAGUCAGCUACAGCACCAAGGAUGGGCAUCCAAACAACAGGCUGCAACAGUUUGCGGAUGAGGUUGCACAGCGUUUCCUGGAUGCUGGGCUGAUGCUGCAACCACAGAGCAAACAAGUCAAGCUGCACAUAACACUUAUGAACACCAAGUUCCGAGAGCAGCGCUUUGCCACAGAAAAUGUUUCCCGCACUGCUCCUCGUAACCCCAGACAAUCCUUUGAUGCAUCUGCCAUCUUGAAGCGAUACAGAGACCACAACUUCGGCAAGGUAACAAUACCCUACGUGAGCAUCCUGUUGCCCAGAACCUGCGACACUAAGGGCUUCUAUGUGAACGUUGGCCAACUUAGUUUGCCCAGCGGGAAUCAGCAAUGGCAGCCACACAGCUAAACAAAAAGAAAGCAAUCUUUCUGUUCUACAAAUUGCCAUACUGCUUACAGAGGAUGGAAGUUGUUCCAUGUUGACAUGUUCUUCCAAAUGACCGUUCUUAAUGGCGCACUGGUCGCUCAGAAAUUAAAUAAGUGGCUUAUUUUCAA